AAAGCCGGGGCGGUAUUUUUGUUUGGGUCUGGAGGCUAGACGUUGCGAGAACCGUCAGUUUCGCAGCGCGCUGCCUGGCUACGCUUCGCCCAUCAGCAAGCAGCUCUUUUCAACGAAAGCGUGUCUCCGCCCGUCUGAAACUACUACUGAGAUCGCUCACCUUUGUUUACGUAAAAUACACACCGAUUACCGGAUCUGAAUUACGGGAAAGCUGUGUUAAAGGAAGAGGUCAUCACAGACAAUCUAUUUUUCACGUGGAAAGUGAACCACCAGGGAUUUGCUGAGGAUGGUUAAACCGGGGAGUAAUUUACAAGACAAAGGCACCAAACCGGCCAGCGUGGAGGAUGGCUUUCAGAGCGUGCCCCUCAUCACACCUCUGGAUGUCAAUCAGCUUCAGUACCCGGCCCCCGACAAGGUUGUGGUGAAGACGCAAACCGAAUACCAGACGGAUCAGAAGAGGGGUAAGAAGGGGCCGAAAGCGGAAGAAUUCACUAUAAGCUUCACCGACGGCGUGUCAGAAAGACUCAAGGUCACAAUCCUCAUUGUCCUGGCUCUGGCAUUUCUGGCCUGUAUAGUGUUCCUGGUGGUGUACAAGGCCUUUACCUAUGACCACAGCUGCCCAGAUGGCUUCAUAUACAAGCACAAGCGCUGCAUCCCUGCGUCCCUGGAGGCCUACUACACCGCUCAGGACAGCAACUCCAGGGAGCGCUUCUAUGCCGUGAUCAGCCACUACAGCAUGGCCAAGCAGACCACCUCUCGCUCCGUCUCCCCCUGGCUGCUUGUUGGAGCCGCCCAGCACGACGCCAAGCCCCCAAACUCCGAGGGCCACUGAGCCCCUCCCACCCCCAUCCCCCCCAAAAAAACCACGCCCUCUUUUUAACAGGAAAAAAAAA